AAAAUCUGUUAUCCAAGCAAAAAUAUUGCAUAUCAUUGACAUUGUUUUGAAAGAUUCUUCAUCAAAAUCAUUUUCAUGCUUUAAUGUCAUUUCUGCUGUAACGUGGAACAAAAAAUGAAUUCAGUCAAAUCAUCAAUUGCCGAGAAUGGAAGCUUGUCAAAUGAUCGUGUUAUUAUAUUGGAUGCUGGAGCACAGUAUGGAAAAGUCAUUGAUAGAAAAGUUCGAGAAUUGUCAAUUGAGUCUGAAAUUUUACCGCUCUCAACAACGGCUCAAUAUAUAAAGGAGCAAGGGUUUAAAGCUAUUAUUAUUUCCGGUGGACCUUCAUCUGUUUAUGAUGUCAAUGCUCCAAAAUAUGAUCCCGAUAUUUUCAAAUUAGGAUUACCAAUUUUAGGAAUUUGUUAUGGUCUUCAAAUAAUCAAUAAAGAAUUCGGAGGCACUGUGCGCAAGAAGGAGAUUCGAGAAGAUGGACAGAUGCUUGUGAAAGUUGAUACUGAAUGUCCUCUUUUUAGUGGUCUUCAAAGCUCACAAACUGUGCUUCUAACUCACGGAGAUUCAAUUGAAAACGUUUGUGAUAAAUUCAAAGUUUGUGCGACCAGCUCGUCUAACAUCAUUGCUGGUAUUUACAACGAACAAGCAAGAAUUUAUGGUGUUCAAUUUCAUCCAGAAGUUGAUUUAACUUUAGAAGGAAAGAAAAUGCUUAACAAAUUUCUUCUUGACGUGGCAAGACUUAAUCCAAGCUAUACAAUCAAUUGCCGAAAAGAAGAAUGUAUUCGUUAUAUACGCGAAAAAGUUGGCAAUAAUAAAGUUCUGCUUUUAUGCAGUGGCGGAGUUGAUUCGACUGUUUGUGCAGCUUUAGUGAGGGUUGCUUUGCAACCCAGUCAAAUUUUAGCCGUUCAUAUUGAUAAUGGUUUUAUGCGUAAGAAUGAGUCAGAUAUUGUGGAGUCGUCACUGAAAGGCAUCGGAGUGAAUUUGAUAGUUAAAAGAGCAUUUCAUCAGUUUAUAAAAGGCACUACGACAGUAAAAUUGCCCGGAUCUCUUUAUACAACCGAGACACCACUUUUGAGUAUGACUUUAAAUCCCGAAGAUAAAAGAAAGAUCAUUGGCGAUGUAUUUAUUAAAGUCUCGAACGAAGUUUUACGAGAAUUAAAGAUGAAACCCGAAGAUGUUUUCCUUGCACAAGGGACUUUACGGCCAGAUUUAAUUGAGUCUGCUUCAUCUUUAGUAAGUACGAAAGCUGAUACAAUCAAGACCCAUCAUAAUGAUACAGAGUUAGUAAGAAAGUUGCGUGACGAAGGACGAGUUGUUGAACCUCUAAAAGACUUUCACAAAGAUGAAGUUAGAAAAUUGGGAUAUGAUCUUCAAUUGCCUCAGACGUUAGUUGAGCGACAUCCUUUUCCUGGUCCAGGAUUAGCUAUUAGAAUAUUGUGUGCAGAUGACGCAUAUAUUGAAAAAGAUUUCAGCGAGACACAAGUUGUGGUUAAAGUUAUUGUUGACUAUCAAAACAAGCUCAAUAAGAAUCAUGCAUUAUUGAAUCGCGUGUCAGGCGUGACUACAAAGGAAGAACAAGACGAAUUGUGUAGAAUUUCCAGCAGCAUUGAAUUAUCUGCAACUGUUUUGCCAAUUAGAAGCGUGGGAGUCCAAGGUGAUAAAAGAACCUACAGUUAUGUUGUGGGAUUAUCAAGUGAUACGCAACCAAAUUGGCAGGAUAUGAUAUUUUUAGCAAAAUUAAUUCCAAGAAUUUUACACAACAUUAAUAGAGUAUGCUUCAUUUUUGGUUCACCUGUUACGAACCAAAUUACAGAUGUAACUCAUACAUUCUUAAGCAAAUACACUAUUGGCCAAGUACGGCAAGCAGAUCAUAUUGUCAAUACUAUUCUCAGCGAAUUCAAUUUGAUGAACGGAAUAUCACAAAUGCCUGUUAUUUUAGUUCCUUUACAUUUCGAUCGAGAUCCAGUUGAUCGUAAGCCUUCAGCACAGAGAUCAAUUGUACUAAGACCAUUCAUAACAAACGAUUUUAUGACUGGCGUUCCUGUCGUUCCUGGAAGCGAGCAAAUGCCAAUUCACGCUAUCGAAAAAAUUGUAAUUGAAAUUCUAGCAAAAGUGCAAGGUAUUUCACGAAUCAUGUAUGACUUGACAAGCAAGCCUCCUGGAACAACCGAGUGGGAGUGAAUUGAAACAUAGUUUAAGAUAUAAAAAAAAAAAACAUGAACGAGAGGAUGAAACAAUUAAAUAAUCGUUGCAUAAUAAUUAAACAAAAAUUUAUAUUUUUAAUUGUUGAAUGUGCUCGGAGAUUUUUAGAAGUACAGCAAAAAGACGACAAAACAAAAGAAAAAGAAGAAGAAAAAAAAUUAAAUCACAGAAUAGCCUCUAACAUUAUUGAAAGCCAUUUAAUAAUAUUGAGAUAUAGAUUUUUGAUAGGAAAUGAAAAACAAGCAACAAAUUUUAUAAACAUUUUUGUCGAAUUUUUCCGCAACACGUUUUAGUUAUUUUUCUUUUUUAUCGUCUCUUUUUUUUGAAAAAAAGAACUAGUAUAAACGUGAUCAUUCAUGAUCGACAAAAGCGCAUUUUCCUGCACACAAUCAAUAAAUGAUUAGUGACUUCGUACUAGUUCAACCUCUUAAAAAAAACAACUUUAGGCAUAACAAGCCUGCUUAUCCAGUUUCAGGGAAAUGCGCUGAAUUUGUAAUUUAUUGUAACGAAAAUCGCGCUUUUAAGAAGGAGAACAAAGUGUAUAAAACAGUAUAAAGGAAAAAAAAAAUCUUUAAGCAUCUCUAGCAUUAAAUUUAUUAAAGAAACUACUAUUAAUGUGAACAGAAAUCUAUGAAUGAAUUGAGAAACAAAAUAAUAGUAAAAAAAUGAAAUUUUAGACAGUUUUGAUUUUCAAAUACAGUUUGAAGCAGCACCUCUGAUAUAAAAAAUAUUACCUGGAAAAUUAAACAAUAUAUGCAUAACAAUUGAAUAAUAUCCUUGAUCCUUA